CAUUUCUAAUUGAAAUGGAUUUUUCUGGAAUGUCGCAAACAUUGGGCUCUAUUAGAAACAAUAAUAACGAAGGAAACAAUAGUGGCGACUUGCAAUCUUGCAUUGAUGUCGGGCAGAUUAUGGAGAAUAUUCAAAGAGAACAAUUUAUUCGCCAACAAAAGUCUGCUGAACAAACCGAAGGUAUUACAACAAGUCUGUUGAAUUGGAAAAAUACAAAUGAUUCCGAGAUGAAAACACUUGAAAAUCAAAUGGAGCUGUUGAGAAAGAGAAAAGAGCAAAUCAAGCAGAACUCGACGGAAAUGUCUGCGUUGGCGAAUCAGUUGAGACAGAGAUUGGAGUUGAUUCGGGGCUCCAAGGAGCAAAGUGAGCUUGGGAGAGAAGAUUCGACGUGAAACUGAUGGUAUCCGGUAUCCUCUCGAAAAGUUUCCUACUGCUGACUUGUUCUCUACAUAAAUGUUCAUUUUCAAUUUGUU